ACCCGUAAAUAAAGAAGCAGAAGUAUAAAACCCUAACGUAACCCUAUUCUUUUUUUUCUCGUCACUUCGGCAGUUGCUUCUUCACCAUUUCAUUUUCUCUCUCUUUCGCCGUCGACAUUCUUCGCAAUGGCCAAGAGAACCAAGAAGGUUGGUAUUGUCGGGAAAUACGGAACCCGUUAUGGUGCAAGUCUGAGGAAGCAGAUUAAGAAGAUGGAAGUCAGUCAGCACAGCAAGUACUUCUGCGAGUUCUGCGGAAAGUACGCCGUGAAGAGGAAGGCUGUUGGUAUCUGGGGAUGCAAGGACUGUGGCAAGGUCAAGGCUGGUGGUGCUUACACUUUGAACACCGCCAGUGCAGUGACCGUGAGAAGUACAAUCAGGAGGUUGAGGGAGCAGACCGAGAGUUAAAUUAUUUCUAGUGCCUAUAUUUGGAAGACUUAGAAAUUUUGUAUUCGACUGAUCAUAAGUUUAUCUUGGAUCACUGUUUUUGAAUGUUUUGACAAGUUAGCAGUUAGUGCUAAACCAUAUCUUGAGUUUUUUGUUAAUUCCUUGUGCCUGUUUUACAUUGUGUUGGUUUUAUCUGCAAGCUAGACGUUUGUCAUUACAGUAUCUUCUCUGUGGCAUUUAGUAUUAAUGAUAUCAUAUUCUAAUGCA